UACCGAUGACGCUGUGCAUUGUGGGACACACCACAAGAUGGACGCGGCCACUGGUAGCAUGUCGCAGCCUCAGUAAACGUAGUUUUAAAACGUUCUAUGUUUGUGUGAGGUUAUACUUAUGUAUAUGCUGUUAUCAUAACAAAGAGGCAACAUUGUCGCGAGGUUGUUGACUGACGUGUAAACAGAGGGCGUCGGACAUGUCACUCGUGGGAGGUUUGCUGAGAGCUGGAGCGUCCUUCUGUCGGAGUGCUGCGAGCCUGCUGCAGUCAGCGAGGACUGUGUCCACUGGUUCAUGCUGCCGCAUCCGGAUGCAUGCCAUCCCUCAGCCUAAGGUUGUGGACAGGUGGACUGAGAAGAGGAGCAUGUAUGGAGUUUAUGACAACAUAGGCAUAUUAGGAGAUUUUAAAGCUCACCCCAAAGACAUUAUCAAGGCCCCCUGCUGGUUGAAGGGUUUCAGAGGUAAUGAACUGCAGCGACUAAUUCGGAAGAGGAAGUUGGUGGGAGAAAGAAUGAUGACUCUGGACAGACACAACUUGGAGAAGAGGAUCAAUUUCCUCUACAGACGCUUCAAUCGCACUGGCAAACAUCGCUAAAACUAAAGACUGUUUAAGUCUUAGCUUUGUUUAUUCCUCUUCUCAAUGUAUAUUGAAGGUUUUUUGUUAUUUACUGUUUAUUUUUCAAACAUUUAUUGGUUGUCUUUGAACCUACUAUGGACUCACGAUAAUGAUUGUCUUGACAAACAAAUGACAUGAUAUAAAAGCCUGAAAAUACUUUAUUAAAA